AUGGGCGAUCACAGGGCCCUUUUGGCAGCCAAGUACGGGGACUUGACCACUUUACGGCAGCUCCUAGAGGAUGGCAGCUUGGACCGGGGCGUCACGGACUCCCUGGGGGCUGGCCUGGUGCAUCACGCCUCCAGAGCGGGCCAGCUGGAGUGCCUGAAGUUCCUGGUGGAGCGAGUCAAGCUUCCCGGGAAUCAGCGGGCUAAGAACGGGGCCACUCCGGUGCAUGACGCGGCCGCCAUGGGCAACCUGGCCGAGCUGCACUGGCUGGUCCGAGAAGGGGGCUACAGGGCACAGGAGCAGGACACGUCGGGGGUCUCCCCUCUGCACCUGGCCGCUCGCUUCGGGCACCCCAUGCUGGUGGAGUGGCUGGUCCAGGAGGGCUGCGACGUCUCCCUGGAGACCCUGGAGGGAGCCCUGCCUAUCCACUACGCCGCCGUCAAGGGGAACCUGACCUGCCUCAAGCUGCUGGUGGCCGCAGACAGCAGCCCCUGGAUCCUGGAGCUGCUUGGAGGUGUCUACAUAGGCCCGACUCUCAAAGUGGGAUCACUGCCAGGGUCCUUGGGUCCCCUCAACCUUUCCCGGCUCCUUACUGAUGACGGUCUGGUUCCCCUCAAGGUUACCAUGAAAUACAAUGAGGAUAAAGCCCCCAGGCAAGGGGAGAAGAUGAAGUCAGAGGAUGACCCCAAGGAUGGCUUCGCCUCACUUCCACUGGAUGAACUGAACCCAUCAGAUAUUGAUGCUCUGGUGCCCACCGAGGAUGAGAAUGGCCGCCCUAUCCCAGAAUGGAAGCGGCAGGUCAUGGUGCGCAAGCUGCAGGCCCGCCUUUGGUCCGAGGAGAUGAUGGAACGGAAGCAUGGGGGCCGGAGCUCUGCAGAGCCAGGGGCCUGGAGGUACUCCCAGAGCCACCAGGCCAUCCUGGGCCCCUACGGGGAGCUGCUGACAGAGGACGACCUGCUGUACCUGGAAAAGCAGAUCGAGCACCUGCAGAUGAGGAGGCGGUGCCAGGAGUACGAGAGCGAGCUGGGGCGGCUGGCGGAGGAGCUGCAGACCCUCCUGCCCGCUCCCAUGGUCAACAUCACAGUCAACAGCCGCUUCCUGGGCCCGGAGAAGGCGGCUUCCUGUCCCCCGGCAGCCACGGAGGAAGGCCAAGCGCUGCCCUACUGGUGUAGCCACAUCUCGGGGAUGGUGAGGAGCCUGUCGCUGCUGCUGAAGGACAUGAACGUCCCAACAGGGCCGAAGGAGGCCCCCGCCCCGGGGAGCCCGCUCCAGGGCAGGGGAGGUGCCGGGAGCCCCUCAGGAAGCCUGGUGGAGAGGGAGAUCCUGGAGUGUGGCGUGUCGGUGAGGAGCCUCCGGGAUAACUUUGAGAAAUCGGGCCGGGCGCCCUCCCCGAAGGGCCCCGGGGCCUCCUGGGAAGUCCGCCCUCGGGUCCCCUUCUCCGGGGUGCAGAGUGUCUCUGGGGCCGAAGAGGGCCAGGCGUCCGGGGAUCCCGAAGAGGCCAGCGACUCGGGCAUCAGCUGCGAGGAGGCGUCCUCCGAGGCGGGCACCUGCGCGGCGCCCGAUUCCUCCAGCCUGAGGAAGGAACGGAUCGUCAUGCUCUUCCUGAGCCACUGGAAGAAGUCGGCCUACACGCCGGCCCUGAAGACGGCGGCCAGGAAGAGCCCGGAGUCCCCGGGGGCAGGCCCUGCGGGCGAGCUGCCUGCCCUCGGCGCCCCCGGCAGGUUCGGCCACCUGCUCCAGCAGAGAAACGUCAUCUCGCACCUGCUGGGCCACUGGAAGGACGUCAUCGGCCACGUGCCCGCCAGGCAGAUCCGGCGCCUGAGCCGCCAGCGCGCCACCUACUCCCCGGAGAUGUUCCUGCCGCACGUGGACGGGGCGCCCGUGGACUACCACAGCCUCACGCUGGACCUCUUCAUGCUGGGCUACUUCCAGCUGCUGGAGCUCGAGCUGCCGCCCGACGAGCGCAAGAUGCGCCACCUGCUCUGCUUCGAGGUCUUCGACCACCUGGGCGGCCACGGCUGGGAGACGGUGCGCAGCUUCCACAAGGCCGUCACGGACGAGGUGGAGGCCGGCCGCCGCGCCUGGAAGGACGGCUUCGAGGACAUCAAAGCCCGCUUCUUCGGCGGCUGCGGCGGGGAGAAGCCCGAGCGCGACGCCGAGCCUGUCCGCAAGUCGGGGCUGACCUCCAUCGAGUCGCCUCUGCCCCGCGCCUCGGGCCGGCCGGGCCCCGCGGAGCCCAGGAGGCCCUCCGGCCGCCCCGAGCUCGGAAGCUUCCAGAGCGAAGACAUCUGCGGCUACAUCGGCAGGAGCUUUGCCUUCUGGAAGGAGAAGGAGGCUGAGAUGUUUAACUUCGGGGGCACUGACCACCAGGACAGGGACCAAGCGUGGAGGGGCCUGGGGCUACUGAGCCGGAAGGAGAGACUCCGGGAAAGAGGCCGAGUCCUAGCCACCAUGUUCAAGUAUUGGACCGUCUGUCGUGUGGAAGAGGGAAGAGCCUCGUCCUGCCUGGCCCCAGAGGGCAGAACCGAGAGAGACGAGGCGAAGGUGGCGAGCUCCCUCUCCUCUGACCUCUCCAAGCGGCAGUUGGACAUCCACUCGGCACAGAGGCUUGAAAAGGAAUUCGAGCUUAGAGACGAGUUGGACUAA